CUAGAGAUUUUUACUAAAGUUUUUACUUUUCUGUUUAUAAUGUAACGCAAAUCAUGAAGAGGCAAAGUGAAAGAGAUUAUAAAGAGAAUCUAUCACCACAAGACAGAGAGAGGUACUAUGCGAAAAUUUCAUUAAUAAAUGGUGUGGAUCCGUAUGCGCUAACUAAGGACGCACUGAGCACUGAUUAUGCAGCUUUGCCUCAGAUACAAUAUUUUCAUGUGUACCAUUAUCUAGUAUUGGCUAGGAGUUUUUACACAUUUGAGCAAUUCCGAGCCUGGAAAUCACUCGACGCGUACAAUCAGUUUGCCGAGGGUUGGGUUGGUGACGUUCGCUCAAGUGCAAUCAAUGGAAAAGUCGUCAUCAUAGCAAAGGUCAAACAUUCCCAAAGUCUCAAUGACAAGCCACUGCGUCCCUGGGUCAUCUGCGAGCCUGAUGGUUCCGUCAACUCUGCCCACUGUACCUGCAUGGCCGGGCUUGGCGAGGUGUGCUCACAUGUUGGUGCGCUUCUGUUCUACUGUGAGGCUGCUGCUCGACUGAGUGCAUCAACAACUUGCACUCAACAAAAAGCAAAAUGGGUACUCCCAACCAUCAACAAGGUGGACUAUGCAGAAAUAAGAAACAUAGAUUUUUCCACACCAGCUACUAAAAAGAAGAGAAUUGAUAGUACCAUUGCUGGAACACAACUGACAACCCGAACAGCUACAAAAUUACCAAAUGUUCAAAUACCUUCAGAGGAAAAUAUCAGUGCCUUUAUGGACAAGCUUCAUAAUACUGGUGUCAAAUCGGUCAUUCUUUCUGUUACUGAAAAAUAUCAAGAUAGUUUCAUUCCAACAAUUUUGCAAGAAGGUAGCCUACCCAUUGCCUUGAUUACCCUGAAAGAGGAUAAAUAUAUUAACAUGGACAGGGACUCAUUAUUAGCUGAAGCACCAUCUGUAUUUACUAAGCUGGCAGUAACUGAUCAGCAAGUGAAAAAUACUGAGGAACUAACCCGGCCUCAACAUAAAAGCAAGGAGUGGCAUGCGCUGAGGUAUGGAAGAAUCACUGCUAGCAACAUGAAGCUAGUCAUUAGCGGUAACUGCCAACAGCCAGCUCCCUCAACAGUUGCGGCAAUCUGUGAAAAAAGUCACUUCUCAACAGUUGCCACUGAUUGGGGAAAAAGUCAUGAAGACGAGGCUUAUGGCGACUUUGAGAAGUAUACCAAAGAAAAACAUAACCACUUUAGUCUAUGUAAAUCUGGACUUUGGAUUAACAAGAGCUACCCUUAUAUUUGUGCUACUCCUGAUGGCAUCCAGGAGUGCAUUUGCUGUGGUAAAGGAAUUUUAGAAAUAAAAUGUCCAUAUAAUGCCAGAGAAAGCACACUUAAUGAAUCUCAGUUGCCUUUUCUUAAUGACGAUGGCACUUUGAAGAUAACAGACAAAUACUUUUAUCAAGUUCAGACCCAGCUGCUCGUGACAGAAACUGACUAUGGUGAUUUUGUCAUUUGGACUCCACAUGAAAUGAGCAUUCAGAGGAUCACCCCUGAUACUGAUGUCUUCCAGGAAAUACUAAGUAAAGCAGAGGACUAUUUUUUGAAAGUGGUGUUGCCAGAAGUCAUGGGAAACCUCAUUACCAGAGAAAUUGAACAGGAGAAAUACAGAAAACAUCAAGAUAAGCCUGAUGUUGGGGAAGUGGUAUGCCACUGCCAAAAAUCCCAUGUUGCCACUGACACAGUCAUAAAAUGUACCAGUAAAAUGUGUAUGAUAACGUGGUUCCAUCUACAAUGUGUGAAGUUGAAGAGGAUACCGAAGGCAUACACAUGCAAGACAUGUAAAGGCAAAGGCAAUGCUAAGAUCAAGAGUAGUAAGCUCUAGUGACCUUGACUAGUAUUCUCAUUUGAAUUUCACUGCAUAUUAUUUCUCUUGAUUGUGUAGUGUUACAUUUUUUGGAAUAUCAGAGGGGACACUCUUCAGAACAAUUUAUUUACAGAGACAAAAUGCAAACGUAUAUUUCGUCUUGUUUGACAGAAAGUUUGGACAUUACAUUUACAUUAAUUUGGUCAUUACAUAUGUUUUGUCAUUGGUUUGACAUUACAUUUGCUCCUUGUUUUACCGUUUGUUCUUUGUUUUCUAUUUUGAAUUCUGUAAAGUCUUGUGAGAUAACUUGUACUAUUGGACUACACAAAAAAUGAAAUUGAAUUGAAAAAUGGCACUAUAACCAGGAUUAGCAGAAAUGAACAAAUAUGUAAAGUUGCAAAA